GUGAAUGCGGUGGUGUUUCUGGUUCGGAGAAAAAUUUCUGGUAUAGUAGAGGAUGAAUCGAAGAAUGUAGGGGAUGAUAUUUGCGAGAUUCUUCCUCGAAGGAGUAACAUUACACAUUUGAAGUCUGUUGCAAGGAAGAAGAGUAAAUCCCCUUCCUCUGUUGCAAGGAAGACAAGUAAAUCGCCUUCCACUGUUAAACAGGCGAAGGAUUCGUGUGCAUCUGGUAGUAAGGAUGCUGGAGAUGAUUCUCAUGAGACUAAACAUGUUGUGGCUCAUUUAAAAAUAUACCCCUCCAAGAGGUUUGGUAGUAAGGUUCAACAUUUUAAUGACAAGAGUGUCAUUACUGACUUGAAAUCUAAGUUGACUAAAAGUCAGAAAUCAUUGUUUAAGAAGACCCCAUUUGGGCACUUUUUAGAAGUAUGUGAUAUUCAUUUUCAAACUCAACUUGCCCAGCUUGUGUUAUUGAGAGAGGUAUCUCAUGAGAGGGAGGAAGAGGAAAUGUGGUUUAAGCUUGGUCGUAGAGUGUGUAGGUUUUCUAUUGAAGAGUUUGCUCUAGUUACGGGUCUUAGAUGUGAUGGUGAUUUUGAUUUAAGUCGUUUUCUAAAAAAGAAGGUUUUGUUUAAGAAAAAAAUAUUUGGCCGUUUUGUUGGUAAGGUGUCGAAGUCUGAAUUACGCAAUGCUUUUAUUAGUAAGGAUCUAGUUGAUGAUGAGGAUGUUGUCAAAUUGGGUAUAGUUCAUAUCCUAGUUAACUAUUUGUACGGCUAUACUAGUGAUAAGUUGGUUGAUGAUUUCUUUUUUGAGAUGGUUGAUCGAGAUUUUUCUGAAUUAGCAAAUAUUAGUUUUGGCAAGUUUGUAUGGGAUAGGAGUUUUCAAUAUUUGAAAACUGCUUUGAAGGGUGGGAAUAAAAUAUUUGAUGGACUGUUCGUUGAUGGGAAGGUUGGCCUUCACCCUUACAAACUUCUUGGGUUUCCCAUUGCUUUUCUUGUAUGGAUUUAUGAAAGUAUAGCUGAGUUGAGUCCUGAGUUUUGUCAACGGGUUGGGAAAAAAUUUCCCCGUUUGUUGAAUUGGAAGAGUACAGAUAAUGCGUUCUAUGCAAACUUGGUGGGAAAUGUUUUCAACAAUCAGAAGUUGACUAUCCUGAAUGUCUAUCCGUCUUCUGAGGAGAGAAAGAAACUGGCAGUAAAGAAGUUUAAGUUUGAGCCUCUAUACUUGCCGAAGGUGUGUGCUGAAGAUGGAGACAGUAGUCCGGGUACCCAGGUUGAUAGUGAAAAGUUGAGAUUGAUUUGUGAAUCAAUCUCAUCAAUAAAAGCAUGCCAAGAAACUAUUAUUAGUGACAUUGCAGUUAUGAGAUCUGAGUUCAUGGGGAAACUCAGUGAUUUAUCUGCAAUGAUUGCAAAAUUUGUUGCAAAAAAUUCUGAAAAAGUUGCAAAUUCAAGUGAUGAAAGUGCUGGUUUUAAUGAAGGGGAAAAGCCAGAUGAUUUUGAUAAUGUUUCCAGUCCUAUUUCUGAUGAUUCUAAGGUAACUUGUUUGUUUUUAUGCUUUAUUGUUUUUUUUAACCAUUUUUAGUUGUAACCAGUUUUUUUUUUUUUUUUUGGCUAGGAUUGUGGAAAUGAUUCAGCUGAAGAGUUUGAUGGUAGUAAGGUAACUAGUUUAUUUUUCUUAAUAGUAUGUUUUCUUUCUGUAGUUGUUUAGUGUAACCAGUUACUGUUGUAACCAGUUUCAUUAUUUCUUUUAGGGUGUUGAGAAGGAUUUAAAUGAAAAUUUUGAUGCUGUUUAUUCUGGGUUGGAGUUGUCAAAUGUUGUGGGUGGAGAUAAGGUUUUGUAAUUUAUUUUUGUUUUGUUUCUUGUAUUAUUUUAUUUAAAAUUGAAUUUGUUGUAAUUGAUUUUAUUUUUAUUCAUUAUAGGAUUUUACAAACAAGCCUGAGUUCAGUUCAGUUGGUUUAAGUUUUGAAGAAGUAUAUGUUGAUCCAGAGAUUUUGAGUGUUAUUGAUAGAACUGUUCAGUAUGCAGAAGGAGAAAAGAAAUUUACCGGGAGUAAGGAUGAUUGGAAGGUUGUGAUGGUUGGUGAUGAUGAUGAGGUUCCUGUUGCUAUUGAAAAGAGGGAGCCUAAACCUAGUACUCAUGUCAAGUCUCCUUUUGUUACUGAGUUUGGUUCUUCUGAUGUUAAAGAAACUGUGAAGAGGAAGGGAGUGGAAGUGGUGAUUGUUAGAGGAUUGGUUCCAUUUGAAAAUGAAAUAGGGCAGAAUGUUUCAAAGAAUAAUUGCCUGGAUUAUAUUUCUUGGAUUGAGGAUAAAAUGAAUUUUAAGAAUAAGUAUGUUUUUUUAUAUUUUCUUUAAUAUUAUUAUUCUUGAUAUUUAAUUGUUUGUUAAUAUAUAUAUAUAUAUUUUUUGUUUUGAAGGAAGAAGAAAUUUUCUGAUGUCAAUAACAUUAUCAAUCCCCCAAUGGAUUAUUCAUUUGUUAAAAUUUCUGAGAAAAUGUGGUUUUACAAGCUUCAAACUUGUGGGGAGGAGCUUAUGGACACUCAUAUAAAUGUAUGUUUUUAUUACCUGAGGAAGAAGAUUAAGCUGGUUGAUGGUUUGAACAAGAGGGUUACAACUACAGACUCUUGGUUUGAUGCAACUAUCAAGGGUUUGUAUGAUAACUUUGUGGCAGCCAAAUGUGAUUCAAGCAUCAUUCGUUUUGAUAAUCUAAUUUCAGAUUACAUUAUUGGUGAAUAUUUGUUUUGUAACACUCCUUGGGUGGAUGUGGAUCAUGUUCUUUUUCCUGUGCAUGUGAAGGUUCAGUUGCAUUGGGUUUUUAUUCACUUUUCCAUUAAGAGUAGGAUGUUAACUGUCUACAAUUCUUUGACGGGGAAGAAGAAUGAGAGUAUUGCUUUGCCAUAUGUGAAGGCUUACUCUGUUGUUUUACCAUAUUUUCUAGAUUUUCUUGAUUUUUAUUGUUCUAGGAAAGAUUUGGACUUGAAUGUUGGUCCAUAUUCUGUUGG